AUGGCACCAGAAAAGGAGGAGCCCAAUAAACUGACACCUGUUCCUUCACAGGAAGGCCAGUUUGAAGGCGUUCACCACACUCACGAUGCAGUGUUCGGCGAACUCACAGAAGAUGGUCCCAACUAUCGCAAUGUUGGAUGGAUUGGCACAGUUGCCUUGAUGACGAAGAGUAUGAUUGGCAUCGGAGUACUCUCGGUACCAAUUUCCUUCGACACUCUGGGCAUAGUGCCAGGAGUCAUCAUCCUGAUUACCAUCGCCUCUAUCACGACUUGGUCAGACUAUAUUGUUGGCGUGUUUAAGCUGCGACACCCCGAGGUCUAUAGUAUUGAUGAUGCAGGACACCUGAUGUUUGGUCGCGCUGGGCGAAUCAUAUUUGGAACCGCAUUUGUACUCUAUUGGAUCUUUGUUGCUGGAUCUGGCAUGUUAGGUAUCUCGAUCUCUUUUAAUGCCAUGUCUAGCCAUGGUGCCUGCACAGCAAUCUUUGUCGCGAUUGCCGCUAUCAUCGGAUUUACACUGGGGAGUAUCCAAACUCUAGCCAAAAUUAGCUGGAUGGCCUGGGUUGGUCUGAUUGGAAUUCUCACCGCAAUUUUCAUGGUUACUAUCGCUGUUGCUAUCCAAGACCGACCGUUCGCCGCCCCAAAGGAUGCCGUCUGGGUUCCCGAUUAUCAGAUAGUAGGAAACCCAUCUUUCACCAAAGCAAUCACUGCUGUAUCCACUCUCGUCAUGGCAUAUGCCGGCACACCAGGAUUCUUUCCUAUUGUAUCUGAGAUGCGUGACCCAACAAAAUAUACCCGAUCACUUCUCAUCUGCCAGACAAUCGUCACUGUGACAUACCUUGUUGUGGGUUGUGUUGUCUAUAUUUACUGCGGAUCAUAUGUUGCCUCCCCGGCUCUGGGAUCGGCUGGUCCACUUGUGAAAAAAGUGAGCUACGGCUUCGCUCUUCCAGGACUCAUAGUGACUACUCUACUGGUGAUUCAUAUGCCGGCUAAAUAUAUCUUCGUCCGUAUCCUCCAAGGGUCCAGGCACCUGGCUAGGAAUACUCUGAUUCAUUGGGUUACAUGGCUCGGGUGUACCGUGAGCAUUACCGUGAUUGCAUACGUGAUCGCUAGCAGCAUACCGGUAUUCAAUGAUCUGGUGUCGCUGGUUGGCGCUUUGCUUGGUACUCUGAUGUCCUUCCAGCCCAUGGGCUGCAUGUGGCUUUAUGACAAUUGGUCGAGUGGGAAAAGCGAGAAAUCAGUCAAGUGGAUGCUAAUGGUAGGCUUCAGUGGGUUUGUGGUUCUGUCUGGGACAUUCCUAAUGGUUGCUGGUACCUACGGCUCAGUGGUUAGUAUUAUGGAGAGUUAUGCAGCAUCUGGGGGAUCAGCAGCUUGGUCCUGUGCGGACAACUCGAACUCUUGA